GGACCAUAGACAGCCGGGUCACCGAGAGGGGAAGUGGACCAUAGAUGGCCCACUGUCUCGGCUGCAACAUUACGGACUUAAGGCGCGUUGGUGUUCCGACAGAAAGUUGUGAGGAGAGAGACUGGGCUGUAUAAAGGGAGACCCGGCAGUGGUGAGGAGAGAGGCUGGGCUGUAUAAAGGGAGACCCAGUGGUGGUGGUGAGGGCGGGGAAAAAACUGGUCUGUAUAAAGGGAGAACCGGCAGUGGUGAGGAGAGAGACUGAGCUGUAUAAAGGGAGACCCCGCGUUGUAAGGGGAGAGACGGCUGUGUAAAGGGAGACCCAGUCUACGGGAGAUGGGAUAAUGCUCCGGCUACUGAGAACAGAGGAGAACAACCUGAGGACAUAGACGGGAACCCAGGAAGUGUCCGAUCAGUUUGGAGACUCGACGAUGAACGUCUUCAUGGAGGAGCAGGGACCGCCGAGCUCCUCCGGACGACGGGGCUCCGGACUGAGGGCGUCGACCAAGAGCAAAGCGCCCCCUCCCCCCCAACGGAGCGACCCGUAUCCCCGCUACCCCGGGGGGGGGCCCAUGGAGCAGGACGAGCUGGCCCUGGUGGUGGUCCUACCGGGAGGGGCGGAAAAGACCACCAGCGUGCACGGCAGCAAACCCCUCAUGGACCUCCUGGUCAUGCUGUGUGCUCAGUACCACCUCAGCCCCUCCAGCCACACCCUGGAGCUGGUCACCGCUAACAGGAAGCACGUCAAGUUCAAGCCCAACGCCCGCAUCGGAGCGCUGGGCGCCCAGCGGGUUCUGCUGAGAGCCAAAGGAGACGAGGACAAGAACACAACCGCCGGACCCCCGAUGCCAGAGCAAACGGUUCGGAUGGUGAUAAACUACAAGAGGAGCCAGAAGACGAUCCUGCGGGUGAACCCUCGCGUUCCUCUGGCAGAACUCCUCCCGGCCAUCUGUGAAAAAUGUGAGUUUGAGAGGGAGACGACGAUCCUGCUGCGCGAUGCGGACGCCCGCGGGCCCCUGGACCUAUCCAGCUCCCUCAACGACUACGCCAUCAGAGACGUCUACGCCAGGGACACUAAAGAUGACCUUGAUUCACCUGUGUGCCCCGCCUCCCCCUCACAGUCAGUGAUGCUGAGACUUGGUAAAGAUAAGAACCAGCAGGAAAAGGAAAACAAAGGCUUCAGCAUGUUCAGAAGAAGCAAGAAGAGAUCAGAGCAGCCAACGACGGCCAGCGCCCCGGCGUCCCCAGUCCUGGUCAGCAAGCCGCGACCUCUCAGCAUGGCGUUACCCAGCAUGCACCCUUCUCCCCUCGACCGCCAGCUGUCCCUGGAGGCAUCAAAGAAGAGGCGCGCCCCCCAGCCUCCCGGGGCCACGCCCCAGAGCCGCCCCGCCCCGCGGCCGCUCAGCGCCCAGCCCGGCUCCCCGGACCAGGACCAGACCGGUUUGCGGCGUGGGUCUACAGACUCAAAGAGCAUCAAACGCAAGGCCCCACCGCCGCCCUCCUCCCUGUUGGGGGUCCAGGACCCGGCCUCUCCCCAGGACCCGGCCUCUCCCCAGGACCCGGCCUCUCCCCAGGACCCGCCCUCUCCCCAGGACCCGGCCUUGUCCCAGGACCGUGCCCAAGACUCAGUGGAAGGAGCUAGAAGAUCUGCUGUUUUCUUCUGCCUUUUUCCGUCUCAAGGUUUCAUCCUACACUCCUCAAGCAACGGCACCCUGGAGGGGAUCAGUGAGCAGGAGGAGGCCCCGCCCCUCUGUGACCCCCAGCCGAGGGACCAGAGCGGGCCCUGUCCGUCAGCAGACCUCUCCACGGUGGCCCCGCCCCCGGACGGCCCCCAGGGGCCUGCCCCCACGCCGGCCGGGACCAGUGGAGAUCAGCCAGGUGAUCUGUCCACAUAUGGCAAGUCAACACAGAACACAGUGAGGGACGCUGUAGUGGACCCCCGGCCAGAGAGGGACGCUGUAGUGGACCCCCGGCCAGAGAGGGACGCUGUAGUGGACCCCCGGCCAGAGAGGGACGCUGUAGUGGACCCCCGGCCAGAGAGGGACGCUGUAGUGGACCCCCGGCCAGAGAGGGACGCUGUAGUGGACCCCCGGCCAGAGAGGGACGCUGUAGUGGAAGUGGACGCCAGGCUGUUCCCCGUCUUGAUGGAAGGUCCUGCUGAGAGAGGUCCGGUCGAGGUGCUGACGGAGGAACCUUUAGAAAGCCAUAGAGGCAGCGUGGGCCCCGCCCCAGCCCCGCCUCUAACCCCACCUCCACCACCGCCCCAAACACCACCUCCACCACCGCCCCAAACCCCACCUCCACCACCGUCCCAAACCCAACCUUCACCCCACACUCAUGGAGUGGAGACAGGAGAGGCAACAGCCCCUCCCCUUCCUGUUCCUGCUCCACCAAGAGAGGCAGCAGCCCCUCCCCUUCCUGUUCCUGCCCCACCAAGAGAGGCAGCAGCCCCUCCCCUUCCUGUUCCUGCUCCACCAAGAGAGGCAGCAGCCCCUCCCCUGCCUGUUCCUGCUCCACCAAGAGAGGCAGCAGCCCCUCCCCUGCCUGUUCCUGCUGGAUCGCCGGGGUCACGGAGAGGCGAGGCCGUUGAGGAGUGCCCCCUCCCGGACCCCGCCCCCCCCCGCGGCCCCUCAGCGUGGGGGCUCCCGUCUGGCCGGGCCCCUGACGCUGAGGUGAAGCCUAAACCCUCUAACGAGCUGACGAGGGACUACAUCCCCAAGGUGGGCAUGACCACCUACACCAUCGUGCCCCAGAAGUCUCUGGAGAAGCUCCGGUUCUUUGAGGUGGAGCUGACGCUGCAACCGCCGCCUCCUCCACCCGGGGCCCUCGACCCAGACGCACAGGGGGGGCUGCCUCCACCCGGGGCCCUCCACCCAGACGCACAGGGGGGGCUGCCUCCACCCGGGGCCCUCCACCCAGACGCACAGGGGGGGCUGCCUCCACCAGGGGCCCUCCACCCAGACGCACAGGGGGGGCUGCCUCCACCCGGGGCCCUCCACCCAGACAUACAGGGGGGGCUGCCUCCCCCGCCGGAGGAGCAGGACGGCCUCCUGACCCCUGGAGCGGCAGCAGGAGACCCCGGCAGCACCGCAGCUGUCAGCCCCCCUCCUCUGCCUCAGCAGACCAAUCACAGUGCGGUCAAGCAAGCGAAGGUUCCGCCCCUGACCAAACCCAAGCCCGGGUCCUUCCGCCGGCCCCCGCUCGGCACCGCCCCCGCCCUCAGCUCUGCGGCGGUGAGGAGGCUCAGCUCCCUCCCAGGGGCCCGCCCCGCCGAGGCCCCUCCUCCUGCCCCCCCCUCCGGCAUGCAGGGCCCAGAGAGUGUGGGGGGCCCUGCUGUUGAGGGCCCUGCUGCGGGUGGCCGGGGCGUGGGGGGCCCUGGCUCCCCUCGGCAGGGCGGCUGGGCGUCGCGGGGGCCCACCGCGGGGCUGAGCCUGGACAAGCUGAGGAGCUUCACGGCGCCCCGCCCCUACACCCCCUCCACCCCGUCCCGCUUCGCCCAGGCCGUGUCCUCCGCCGUGAGGAGGACCCAGUCACUGUCCAAGGCCUCAGCGUCCCCGGCCUCAGCCUCCCCAGCCGCAGCCUCCCAGGCCUCAGCCUCCCUGGCCUCUGCCUCUGCAGCCUCCCAGGCCUCAGCCCCCCCGGCCUCAGCCCCCCCGGCCUCAGCCUCCCCGGCCUCAGCCUCCCCGGCCUCAGCCUCCCCAGCCGCAGCCUCCCCGGCCUCAGCCCCUCCUUCCUCAGCCUCCCCGGCCUCAGCCCCCCCGGCCUCAGCCUCCCCGGCCUCAGCCACUCCGGCCUCAGCCUCCCCGGCCUCAGCCUCCCCGGCCUCAGCCUCCCCAGCCUCAGCCUCCCCAGCCGCAGCCUCCCCGGCCUCAGCCUCCCCAGCCACAGCCUCCCCGGCCUCAGCCCCUCCGUCCUCAGCCUCCCCGGCCUCAGCCUCCCCGGCCUCAGCCACUCCGGCCUCAGCCUCCCCGGCCUCAGCCUCCCCGGCCUCAGCCACUCCGGCCUCAGCCUCCCCGGCCUUAGCCUCCCCGGCCUUAGCCUCUUCAACCGCAGCCUCCCAGGCCUCAGCCUCUCCGGCCUCCCCGACCUUGCCGCCGUUCUCCCCGGACCUGACCAGCAGCCAGGUGGAGUCGCCCAGCAGGCCCUGAAAACACACCUUCCUCGACCUCUUCCUCACCCCCUUAGCAAUAACUGUAUGGUUAGACAUUAUGAAUAACUGGUUAUAUAUUAUGAUUUUAAAUAACUGAUGGUUAGACAUUAUGAAUAACUGGUUAUAUAUUAUGAUUUUAAAUAACUGUAUGGUUAGACAUUAUGAAUAACUGGUUAUAUAUUAUGAUUUUAAAUAACUGUUUGGUUAUACAUUAUGAAUAACCGAAAGGUUAUACAUUCUGAAUAACUAUACAUUAUUAUUAUACAAAUGAAAGGAAGGCACAUUUAUUAUUCACUGCUGUUUGUUUUUUUUCUUCGCACAACAUUAUCUGAGAAUAUUAUUCUAUUUGGAAAAAAACAUAAUUUAAAAAUAACUUUAUUCUUUUAUUUAGUGUCCUUAGAUGUUGAUUUGAAGGGUCAAGCGACCGCAGUACUGAUGAUAAUGACUAAUUAAGCUGGAGAUGUUGUAGCCAGCAUGGGUUAUGGUACUAAACUGUUUUAUUUUCCUCAGUGAUCACUUCAAAUAUGUAUUUUAAUAUAAAAAGGAUGGUUCUUGGUUAAGCUAUGUGCAAACAUACUGAUAUGUAAAAUCUGACUCUGAUUCUAUAGAGAAGGGUUGACAUUAAUAAAGAUUACGUGAAAAACA